AGCUUCUCCUCUGGGUUGUUGCGUUGUUGAUCACCAGGAGCGCGUCUUUGUCUGCCUGCGACUUCCGGAUAAAAGAGGAGCAAAUUGUGGAUCGGGGCCAGGAUGGCUCUGCGCCCUGCGUCCCUCUUGCUCCUGGUGUUGGUGGCCGUCGCUCUGCGGGAGAGCUGCCUCGGCGCCUCCUCGCACUCCCUGAAGUAUUUCUACUCCUCCAUCUCGGAGCCCAGUCAGGAGCUGCCCCACUAUGUCACUGUGGGGUACGUGGACGGUCAGGUCUUUGUUCACUACGACAGCCACAGCCGGAGGAUGCAGCCUCGAGUCUCCUGGAUGGAGAAGGUGGGGAAGGAGGACCCCCAAUACUGGGACAGAGAGACCCAGGGACUACGUGACAGUGAGGAGAACUUCAGAGACGGCCUGGAGACUCUGAGGAUUCGCUACAAUCAGAGUGAAGGCUUUCACAUAAUACAGGAGAUAUAUGGCUGUGAGCUCCAGGCUGAUAGGAGCAAAGGAGGAUUUUGGCAGUUUGGCUACGAUGGGAGGACCUUCAUCACCUUCGACAAGGAGAGACUCACCUGGGUGGCUCUCCAACCCCAGGCCCAGAUCACCCAGAGGAAAUGGAACGCUCUUCCAGGAUUUAAUCAGGGACAGAAGUCCUACCUGGAGGAAAUCUGCAUUGAGUGGCUGGAGAGGUACCUGUCCUACGGGAAGGAGACGCUGCUGAGGACAGAGCCCCCAGAGGCGACGGUGAGCAGCAAGAUGGAGGUGGAGGAUGGGAUGGAGACGCAUAUCUGCCGCCUGGAUGGCUUCUACCCCAGGGAGAUCGAUGCCUUCUGGACGAGGGAUGGGGAGGUCUGGCUGCAGGACACCCUCCGUGGCUCCGUGGUCCCCAACGCGGAUGGGACCUAUCACCGCUGGCUCAGCAUCCAGAUCGAUCCCAAAGAGAGGGGCCGCUAUCGGUGCCACGUGGAGCACGACGGCCUGCAGGAGCCUCUGGAUGUGGCCCUGGAGGAACCAAAAUCCAUGCGGAACUCCAUGGGGCUCAUCAUCGGUUGCAUUGUGGCUCUCCUGCUGGGCGUGAUUGUUGGGAUCUAUGUAUUCUUCAAGAGACUACAAAAGAGAUACAGAGAUGACUACAAAAAGCACCAAUAUUUCUUGGAAAACACUUCAGGCAACAAUCCGUCCCCUUUGUAGACCCCCGGCAGGGCCACUUUGGAGUGCCAAGCUUGCAGCAUAACGGAGAGAAGAAAGAAAAGGGGAUCGGCCCUUUUCUGAGUUAGGCCGGACUCUCAGGAGGAGCCCUUCCACAACAUGCCUGAACCACAAUAUAUUUUGUGUCUUUUCUCAUCGCUUUUAUCACCGAAUCAGCAACCUUUUUUCAUUUUGCUUGAGGAACGGAGGAGAAAAAAAAAUCUUAUGGGCUUAUAAUUGUGGAAUCUAAAGGAUUCAAACUGAGUUUACUGGGUAUAAUUUCUAGUAGGUAGCCUGCAUAACACCCUCAAUGGGCUUUUGCUAGUUAAUCUUAGUGAAUUGAGAUUAUAGGUUAAAGAUGUGGUUUUAGAGAUGGGUUUGUAGAGAAUGGGAUGAGGAAUAGGAUGAAGAGUUUCUUGGUUUUACUUUAAGAGAGAUUUAUAACUGAAAUUAAUCUUCAUUAUACUUGCUGGGGAUAAAGAUGGGUGUUUCGUGUUUUUUUUCCCUUUGUGUUAGUUUUAUCUGUUUAAUCUUUGAUGAAACACAUUACUAAAAGCAAUGUGUAUUCUGAGAUUUCUGCCACUAAAGUGGCUAAUUUCAUUUUAAACAAUUAUUGUGGAGUUAUUUGACCAUAUAUUUGAUAAUCCAUAUAUCAAUAUAUCAAGUGUGGCAUUCAGACGUGCUGUUUUUCCUAGAUUGCUAUUUAUGGAUUUUCAUGAUUUAGAAAAAUGGAACAGCCAGGCUGCUACCUCUUUAACAAUUGCAUAAGUUUGCCAAAAUUCUUUGCUGAAAGUAAAUGAUUUUGUUUUCUUUCUUUUUUUCUUUUUUUAAUUUUUUCUAUAUAUACAGUAAUAGUUUUUCAACCAACAUGCUGUCUGGCUUUACAUUUGCUAAUACAUAUUUAAUUCCUAAUCCUUUAUUCUUUCCUCUAGCCAUCGAUAGAAUAAGUCCCAAGUUUGAUAAUAUUGUUUCUUCUUUUUCUUUCAGUCUCAUAGUCAAUCUAUCCAUCU